UGCUGUGCUGCUGAGCUAAAUCCCCAGCCCUCACAAUUUCUAAUGAAUUAAUGUAUCUCUGCAAAGUUCAUCAAUGGCACAUUACAUAAAUGACAGAUCAUGAUGUACUUCUCAUAAAUGCUAUAAAAUGGUACCGAGGUAUCUCUCCAUAAGCUAAAUGAUGGUGAUUAAGCCUAAGCUAAAUGAUGGUGAUUAAGCCUAAAUCUACCUACUGAUUUAUAGGAAAUAAAGAGUACUUCUAGCAUAUUGGAUGACUCCAUGGAUCAAUGAACAAAAUCUAUACCAAGAACAAUUCUAUAGGACAAAAGACUAUUUUCUUGAACAAAUAAUAAUAAAACCUUCCCUUUGGCUAGAACUGCAAUCUUCCAGUUAUUUGCCAAAAUGACAAACACAAAGGCAAAGAGGAGGGGAACCUGGCAUAUGUUCUCUAGGCCUUUUAGAAAACAUAGGGUUGUUCCUUUGGCCAUAUAUAUGGGAAUCUACAGAAAGGGUGAUAUUGUAGACAUCAAGGGAACAGGUAUUGUGCAAAAAGGAAUGCCACACAAAUGUUACCAUGGCAAAACAGGAAGAGUCUGCAAUGUUACCCAGCAUGCUGUUGACAUUGUUGUAAACAAGCAAGUUAAGGGCAAGAUACGUGCUAAGAGGAUUAAUGUGCGUAUUGAGCAUAUUAAACACUCAAAGAGUCAAGAUAGCUUCCUGAAAGGUGCCAAGGAAAAUGAUCAGAAAAAAAAGGAAGCCAAAGAGAAAAGUACCUGGGUUCAACUGAAGAGCCAGCCUGCCCCGUCCAGAGAAGCACACUUUGUGAGAACCAAUGGGAAGGAGCCUGAGUUGCUGGAACCUAUUCCCUAUGAGUUAGUUCAUGGCGCAGGCUGGGGAUGGAACUCUGCCAUUCAGCACCUAAUUGCUGCUAGGUAUUCCAGGCCCUACUCAAACAUAAAAAAUCAUCCUGUGUUGUAAGAUUGGUUUUCUUAAUUGAACAAGUGCUUGGUGCCUUUACCUCACAAACAAAUAUUUGGAGCAGAUUUUCAUCCUACCUAGUUAAUUGUGUCAGGUCUUUACUCUUCAGUGUUUUUCUUACAGAAAGAUAUUGCUGAGGUAUUGUGUAGCUGUACACCCAGAUGACCACAUAUUUAUGAAAUAUUUAUAUUGGCUUGAAGAUCCUGUAAAUCACCAUGGAGAAAAGACAUAGCAAAAUAAAUGGAAGUCUAUUUCACUUAGAUAAAUUUUAAAGCACCUAAAAUAAUAAUAAUAAUAAAAAGA